CCCGCAGCAGAGUACCGUUGCGACGAACCGACGACGACAGCCCAUUCUACGACGAGGGGAAGAGUAGACUCCCAACGGGGUGGUUAGCGAUUAGUAGCAGCCAUGAGUCACUUGACGUCAAAUAAUGCUGCUCGGGGUCUCCUCUCCACGCGAUCGCACGGGAAGGAGAGGGAGAGGGAUAAGGAGAAGGAGAAGGAGAAGGAUCAUGAUGGCGAUGACGGUCUGCUCCGACCGACGGCCACGCGCGAGUCGCCACGGGCACGAGGGGGAUCGAAUUCGACAGGUCAUCUCAGUAGUAGGAAGAGCAGCCAGUAUGAGGACAGCGACCCGGGAGGGGUGUCCAGACUGAGGCGACGGACUAUUACGACGGAAGAUCUGAGGCGAGAGAGGGAGAUGCGGAAGCAGGGCGAAGAACAACUCCGCUCGGCACUCUUCUCCAUCAGCACGUUCGCUACGGAAAUCACUCGUCGACUCGAUUACACCUACUACAACCUCCUCGAGAAACUGACGACGCUCCACGCGGUGAUGGAUUCUUUUCACGAACUCACCAAAUCCACCGCGUUACUUGGCCAAGACUUUGAGAAAGAAACCGCAAACCUCGACCAAGAUACGCGCAGACAGCUGGAGGAGUUCAAGGGCUUCGAGACCCAGAUACGGGAUAUAGAAGCGUUGGAGAAGCGCAUGGACGCUGGACGUGAGAGGGUGGAUGCUCUCGGGCAAAGAGUCGCUGCGGUGAAAAAGCAGAUUGAAGACUGGGAGAGGAAAGAGCUUGAGUGGCAGACACAGACGGCGAGGAGGUUGCGUAUCUUUUGGGUUGUGGCAGGGACGGCCAUUUUGGUCCUGGUGAUUGCCGUUGCUAUGCAGACUCGGCCGCAUGAGGGUCUGGGCAGACUGGCGAACGGGUCGACGAAUGGUUCUUUCGGUCGUCUUAUUCCAGAGGUAGAUGUGAAUCAGGUGCGGUUGGAAGACGACACAAGCUGGACCAAACGGCCGUCGCGACUCGGACAUGCCACCACUUCUACGCGACCUCAUCCGAAUCUCAAAUCGACAGAAGAAGCAGAGUCGAAGACGUCAGCGCCGGAAAUGAAUCCUUUUCGGUUACUAGACGAGUUAUAAUCAGGUCGGGCAGGUUAAGUCUUUUGUCAUUUACUCAUUCCCUGCAUAACAGGGAUUGUAUUUUGCUAUCCAGCGACUAUUUGUAUGUAAUAAGAGGUCUGUUUUGUUUUAUGAGAUACCCAAUAUGAUAUGCACCGUGACAUCUAAAUACGUUUUCAUCCUCCUAAUACAUCCCAAAAGA